GGGGCUUAAACUGCUACCAGAAUCCGCAUCAGUUGUCACUAAUUAUGCCAUAUAAGUGUGCAACAUGUGAUAAAAUGUUUAGACAGAAAGUUGACCUCCUGUACCAUGAAAAAGCUCAUGCAAGAGAGAAGCCAUAUAAAUGUGCAGUAUGUGACAAGAGUUUUAUACAGAAGUUUCAGCUCACACGCCAUAAGAAAACUCAUACUGGUGAUCGGCCUUAUAAGUGCGGUACAUGUGAUAAGAGUUUUUUAUUGAAAGAUCAGCUCACACGCCAUGAGAAAACUCACACUGGUGAUCGGCCUUAUAAGUGUGGUACAUGUGAUAAGAGUUUUUUAUUGAAAUUGCAGCUCACACGCCAUGAGAAAACUCAUACUGGUGAUCGGCCUUAUAAGUGCGGUACAUGUGAUAAGAGUUUUAUAUUGAAUUGUCAGCUCACAUGCCAUGAGAAAACUCACACUGGUGAUCGGCCUUAUAAGUGCGAUACAUGUGAUAAGAGUUUUUUAUUGAAAGGGCAGCUCACACGUCAUGAGAAAACUCAUACUGGUAAUCGGCCUUAUAAGUGCGGUACAUGUGAUAAGAGUUUUAUAUUGAAUUGUCAGCUCACAUGCCAUGAGAAAACUCACACUGGUGAUCGACCUUAUAAGUGUGGUACAUGUGAUAAGAGUUUUUUAUUCAAAUGUCAGCUCACACGCCAUGAGAAAACUCACACUGGUGAUCGGCCUUAUAAGUGCAGUACAUGUGAUAAGAGUUUUUUAUUCAAAGAUCAGCUCACAAACCAUGAGAAAACUCACACUGGUGAUCGGCCUUAUAAGUGCAGUACAUGUGAUAAGAGUUUUAUAUUGAAUAUUCAGCUCACACGCCAUAAGAAAACUCACACUGGUGAUCGGCCUUAUAAGUGCGGUACAUGUGAUAAGAGUUUUUUAUUGAAAGGUCGGCUCACACGCCAUGAGAAAACUCAUACUGGUGAUCAGCCUUAUAAGUGUGGUACAUGUGAUAAGAGUUUUUUAUUGAAAUUGCAGCUCACACGCCAUGAGAAAUCUCAUACUGGUGAUCAGACUUAUAAGUGUGGUACAUGUGAUAAGAGUUUUAUAUUGAAUAUUCAGCUCACACGCCAUAAGAAAACUCACAUUGGUGAUCGGCCUUAUAAGUGCGGUACAUGUGAUAAGAGUUUUUUAUUGAAAGUGCAGCUCACACGCCAUGAGAAAACUCAUACUGGUGAUCGGCCUUAUAAGUGCAGUACAUGUGAUAAGAGUUUUAUAUUGAAUUGUCAGCUCACAAACCAUGAGCGAACUCACACUGGGGAUCGGCCUUAUAAGUGUGGUACAUGCGAUAAGAGUUUUGUAUGGAAAGGGAAUGUCGCACAGCAUGAGAAACUACACAGUGGAGAGAAGCCAUAUAAAUGUGCAUGGUGUGAUAAGAGCUUUAUAUGGAGAUAUACGCUCGUACGGCAUGAGAUAAUACACAGUGGAGAUAAGCCAUAUAAAUGUGCAUGGUGUAGUAGCGGUUUUAAAAGAAAGUGGUCUUUAAAAAAACAUGAGAGAAUACACACUGGUAAUAGUCCAUAUAAAUGUGCUACGGGUAGCAGGAGUUUUACACACAAAAGUGAUGUAUACCAUGAAAAAACUUACUCCGGUGAUCGGCUUUAUAAAUGUACAAUGUGUGACAUGAGUUUUACACAGAAGAACAGUUUUGUGUACCAUAAAAAAAGCGCACACAGGGGAAGGCCAUAUAAAAGUGCAAUAUUUGAUAAAACUUUUAGACAGAAGAGUGGUCUUGUGUACCAUAAAAAAAACUCAUAUGGGAGAAAAGAAGUAACAGAAAGAAUAAGACGUUUAAAGGUACAGGAUAUGAAAUGAGAUGAAGAAAC